UUGUCUUUCCACCCAAGCCCAGGUGGAGUGUCACUUCUCAACAUGGCCUCACCCCAUGCCAGACCCCCCAGAUUGUCUGUGUCAUGUCCCGCUGGCAAACUUGGAACACUCAUCCGUUCUCUCCAAAGAGGAUUACACACCCGAUGGGCGGGUAAGGAUUAACUUGGUUACCUUAGCGGAGUGGCGCGGCGAGAAAGACACCGCCAAGUGUUGUUUGCAUACCACCUGUCCACCUGUCUGCUGGAGAACACCACAGGUAGCACAACUUAUCAAGGCUCAAACACACAAGAGGGUACCUGUUGGUAACCUCGGGGGGCAUGAUCGGUCUGGAUGUGUAUCUCAGCCCAGAUGGCAUCAGGGUUGCUACCCCGGAGGAUAUUCUGCGCUGGGAGAAGGAGAAGGAUUUGUACGACCCAAACGUGCGCCUCUUUGUGGCCCUGUUUCCCUACAACCCCUCGCUGAUGUCCCCAAACCCAGAUACCUCAGAGGAGCUGCCCUUUGAGCGGGGACAGAUCAUUAAGGUCUACGGUGAUAAAGAUACGGAUGGUUUUUACCAUGGAGAAUGUGCCGGCCGCUAUGGGUACAUCCCCAGCAACAUGGUGUCAGAGAUCCCGGUGUAUGAUGGUGACCAAAAACUCGAGCUGUUUCAACAGGGCUUCCUCCCUGAGGCCUCCAGCCCUCCUGAAUCUAGAGCUCCCAGUGCAUGCUCAGCUCGCAGUGAGGCCUCCUGUAUCCCGGACGACGUUGUGGUGCGAAGGAUGGUGGCCAUCUUUGAUUAUGACCCAUGGGAAAGCUCGCCAAACACGGACAUAGAGGAUGAGCUCCCUUUUCGUGCAGGAGACAUAAUCUAUGUUUUUGGAGAUAUGGACGGUGAUGGCUUCUAUUUGGGAGAUCUGCAUGGGUAUCGAGGUCUUGUGCCAUCAAACUAUGUGGAGCCUCUGCCUUGGAACUAACAGAUGAUGCUGGAUUCAAUCAAAACGCAUUAAGUAUUUGUUUCAUUAAGAAACACAUGAUGCCACUACACAAACUGUGUUCAUUUCAAGUUCUUUAAGCACUUUAAGUAGGCUACUAUACUUCAUAUUUGCUUUAAGAUGCUAUGUUUUAUUUUAUAAUUUACUGUGAGGGCAAUGGUUGCGUUUACUUCUAUAACACUAAUGAGGUUUUCCAUAAACAAAAGUUAGAAUCUUUUAAUUUUCUUUUUUUUUCAAGUCCUUCUCAUAUCAAUAUAUUAUUUAUCCAUUAUUUUUUUUCUCUUGUUGCUAAAUAUCUUCUUUAGUGAGCCAUAGCCUUACAAAUCUCUCUCAAAUUCACUUCAUGUUAUGAGUGAAUACUAGACAAUGGAGUGAGAGAGAGAGAGAGAGAGAGAAAGGGUAUAGUGACAGAGAGACAGAGAGAGAGACAGAGAAUGGGCGGGAAAAUAGUGCUUUCAACUAUCUAAGUUUGAAGUGAGAUUUGAUGACUUGACUGAAGUUGCCUUAUGCUAUGCAUUUUGAUUACUAUGCAUGAUCAGUGAAUUUAUUCAAAUGGCUUAAAUAUGGUUUU